CGGGAGCUUCCCAGAGCUGCCGGUUGGAGAAGUAGUUACCCGUCGCGGCCUUGGCGGCUGUGUCACCACCUCUCCGGGUUCCCACGAUGUUCUUCUACCUGAGCAAGAAAAUUGCCAUUCCCAAUAACGUGAAGCUGAAAUGUAUAUCCUGGAACAAGAACCAAGGGUAUAUAGCAUGUGGUGGUGAAGAUGGAUUGCUGAAAGUUUUGAAAUUAGAGACACAGACAGAUGAUGCUAAAUUGAGGGGUCUUGCAGCCCCUAGUCACCUUUCUAUGAAUCAGGCUCUUACAGGUCAUAGUGGUUCUGUUCAAGUUGUAACAUGGAAUGAACAGUUUCAGAAGUUGACUACCAGUGAUGAAAAUGGACGUAUCUCUGUGUGGAUAUUAUAUAAAGGUUCUUGGUAUGAGGAGAUGGUAAACAAUCGAAAUAAAUCAGUGGUUCGAAGUAUGAGCUGGAAUGCUGAUGGGCAGAAGAUCUGCAUUGUCUAUGAAGAUGGGGCUGUGAUAGUUGGUUCGGUGGAGGGCAAUCGUAUUUGGGGAGAAGACCUGAAGGGUAUACAACUAUGCCAUGUAGCAUGGUCUGCUGAUAGUAAAAUCUUACUUUUUGGAAUGGCAAAUGGGGAGAUACACAUUUAUGAUAAUCAAGGGAAUUUUAUAAUGCAGAUGAUACUGAAUUGUUUGGUGAACGUCACUGGAGCUAUCAGUAUUGCUGGAAUUCAUUGGUACCAUGGUACUGAGGGCUAUGUGGAACCUGAUUGCCCUUGCCUUGCUAUUUGUUUUGACAAUGGAAGAUGCCAAAUAAUGAGACAUGAGAAUGACCAAAAUCCAGUUUUGAUUGACACUGGCAUGUAUGCAGUAAGUGUCCAGUGGAACCACACUGGCAGCGUGUUAGCUGUGGCAGGCUUCCAGAAGGAGGUCAUGCAGGAUAAAGACAUUAACGUUGUGCAGUUUUACACUCCAUUUGGUGAGCAUUUGGGUACUUUGAAAGUUCCUGGAAAGGAAAUAUCUGCAAUAGCUUGGGAAGGAGGUGGACUGAAAAUUGCACUAGCUGUUGAUUCUUUUAUAUAUUUUGCAAAUAUUCGACCUGAUUAUAACUGGGGUUAUUGCUCAAAUACAGUAGUUUAUGCAUAUACUAGACCUGAUCGCCCAGAAUGCUGUGUUGCUUUUUGGGAUACAAAAAACAAUGAAAAAUAUGUUAAAUAUGUGAAGGGUCUCAUUUCUAUUACUACCUGUGGUGAUUUCUGCAUUUUGGCUACGAAAGCUGAUGAAAAUCAUCCUCAGGAGGAGAAUGAGAUGGAGACAUUUGGUGCAACGUAUGUGCUAGUUCUUUGUAAUUCUAUUGGUACACCCUUGGAUCCCAAAUACAUUGACAUUGUUCCAUUAUUUGUUGCAAUGACCAAAACCCAUGUGAUAGCAGCUUCAAAAGUAGCAUUUUAUACCUGGCAAUAUCGUGUGGCAAAGAGGCUCACAGCAUUGGAAAUUAAUCAGCUCAUGCGGUCUCGAAAAGAAGGGAGAGAAAGAAUUUAUCAUGUUGAUGAUAUUCCUUCUGGAUCAGUGAAUGGAGUGCUUGAUUACAGUAAAGCCAUUCAAGGCACAAGGGAUCCAAUUUGUGCCAUAACUGCAUCCGAUAAGACAUUGAUUGUGGGUCGUGAAUCUGGCACCAUUCAGAGAUACAGUCUUCCUAAUGUUGGUUUGAUUCAAAAAUAUUCUCUUAAUUGUCGAGCCUAUAAGUUAUCCUUGAACUGCAAUUCUAGUCGUCUUGCUAUCAUAGAUACCUCAGGUGUUUUAACUUUCUUUGACUUGGAUGCUCGAGUAACAGACAGUACAGGACAGCAAGUAGUUGGUCAGUUGUUAAACUUGGAACGAAAAGAUGUCUGGGAUAUGAAAUGGGCCAAGGACAAUCCUGAUUUGUUUGCAAUGAUGGAGAAGACAAGAAUGUAUGUUUUCAGAAACCUGGAUCCUGAGGAACCCAUUCAGACCUCUGGAUAUAUUUGCAAUUUUGAGGACUUAGAAAUUAAAUCUGUUCUUUUGGAUGAGAUAUUAAAGAAUCCAGAACAUCCAAACAAGGAUUAUCUAAUUAACGUUGAGAUUCGGUCUCUGAGAGAUAGUCGAGCACUGAUUGAGAAGGUUGGAAUUGAAGAUGCAUCCCAAUUCAUAGAGGACAAUCCACACCCCCGACUUUGGCGACUACUGGCUGAAGCAGCCCUUCAGAAACUGGACCUGAACACUGCAGAGCUAGCAUUUGUGCGCUGCAAAGAUUACCCAGGCAUCAAGUUUGUGGAGCUCCUAGGCAAUCUACAGAGUGAGUCCAUGAAACAGGCUGAAGUUUUUGCCUACUUUGGCAGAUUUGAAGAGGCUGAAAGAAUGUAUCUUGAUAUGGACAGAAGAGAUCUCGCUAUUGGCCUACGAGUGAAAUUGGGGGAUUGGUUUAGAGUACUUCACCUCCUGAAAACUGGAUCUGGUGAUGCAGACGACAGUCUCCUUGAACAAGCCAACAAUGCCGUUGGAGACUACUUUGCUGAUCGACAAAUGUGGUCGAAUGCUGUACAAUAUUAUGUACAAAGUCGGAACCAGGAACGAUUAGCUGAAUGUUAUUAUAUGUUAGAAGAUUAUGAGGGAUUAGAGAAUCUUGUCAAUUCACUUCCAGAAAACCACAAGUUACUUCCGGAAAUAGCACAGAUGUUUGUGGGAGUUGGAAUGUGUGAACAAGCAGUAAUUGCAUUUUUGAAAUGUAAUCAACCAAAGGCAGCUGUAGAUACCUGUGUACAUCUCAACCAAUGGAACAAAGCUGUUAAACUGGCUAAAAAUCAUAAUAUGAAGGAAAUUGGAUCUCUGUUAGCUAGAUUUGCAUCUCAUUUACUGGAAAAGAAUAAGAUUUUUGAUGCCAUAGAACUCUAUCGGAAAGCCAGUUACUUUUUUGAUGCUGCUAAACUGAUGUUUAAGAUUGCUGAUGAAGAGGCAAAGAAAAGAACCAAACCUCUACGUGUUAAGAAGCUCUAUGUACUGUCAGCUUUACUUAUAGAGCAACAUCAUGAACAAAUGAAAAAGUGGAGAAGUGCUCAAGGAAAGAGUUCAGAGGCCACUUCUGUUUUGGCUGGUUUGCUGGAAGAGGAAGUUCUGUCUACAACCAGUCGUUUCACAGAUAAUGCAUGGAGAGGGGCAGAGGCCUACCACUUCUUUAUACUUACACAAAGGCAACUCUAUGAGGGAUAUGUUGACACUGCCUUGAAGACAGCUCUUCACCUGAGAGACUAUGAAGACAUUAUCCCCGCUGUUGAGAUCUACUCUCUGUUAGCACUCUGCGCAUGUGCCAGCAGAGCCUUUGGUACUUGUUCAAAAGCUUUUAUUAAACUUGAAUCUUUAGAGACCCUCAGCUCAGAACAGAAACAGCAAUACGAAGACCUUGCUCUAGAAAUCUUCACCAAAUAUCCUCCAGAAGAUAACAGAAAAUCUGAAUUGGACAGCUUUCUGGAAGGUGGUGAAGGCAGACUGCCAAUAUGCAUUGCCACAGGAAGCCCAAUCACUGAAUAUCAGUUCUGGAUGUGCAGUGUAUGCAAGCACUGUAUGCUUGCUCAGGAAAUAAGUAACUACAACUUCUGUCCUUUAUGCCAUAGUUCAGUGGAUAAAGGAAUGAUGAACUGCAUAUAAUUGUAAAAUAUAUGAAUCAUGUGUUUAUAGCUAGAGCUGUAUAUAUAUAAGAAGGUUUAUUUCUCUUCUUGUAAAUUUUAUAAGAAAACUAACCUCAUUACUUAUAGUUGUAUUUUUGCACAAAAUAUGUAUGCAUAUAACAAAAUAAUUAUUUUUGUACAGAAAUAUAACUGAAAUAAUAAGGCUGAUUUUUAUAUAAAACUUUAUUUUCUAUCCAUCGUUACCUAUCUAUCUUUAAUAUAUCUUGUGGUUAGUUACAUGAUACCAUGAAAAUAUUCCAGAUAAGAAAUGUUUUUCUCACAAUGUCAAGGUUACUAACCCAUUAACAAAUCUUAGGGAGUGGGGUAGGGUAGGAAGGUGAAAGAGAGGGGAACCAGGGGACUGGAAAAAAACGGAAUUUAGAUAAUUGACAUAACCUGUAUUACAAAGAAGUUAAACAAUUUUAACUAAUACUGAAAUGAGCUCCCUCUCUCUAGACAUAUUUGCUCUAAAUAAAUAUUGAAUGUCUUUUAUAUUUUAUUUUCGGAAGUGGAAGAUGGCAUUUCAAGACACUUUUUACAGUUUGAAUUGUUUCUAAUAGCCUUAUUCUUCAUCCUGUAAAAAAGCUAUACUUUCAAUAUCAUUCAAGAGGUGGCAUUUGGCAUUUACUCUUUCAUGGUAUUGUGCAGAAAAUUUGGCUCUAUUUAUAAUGAUAAGAAUUUGUACAAAAAUAUCCAUUUUGUAGUUAUAGUUUCAUUGAAACAUUGUCACCAAACUGGACCCUUUAUUUACAAACAACUCUCUUGCUAUAGGGAGUGAUUCUUUCUUGAUAUGCAUCUGUUUUGAUUUAUUAUCAUUAAUUUAAAAGAGAAAAGGUUGUGAUCAGUAAUAGAUAAUUUCUUACCUCUUUUUUGUAGCUAAUCCUUUCCAUUUAUUUCUCAUUUUGUGGCUCAAGAACAGUCUGUAGCACUACUUCAUCAUAACUAUUUGCUGAGGUUUGGCUGAUGUUUAGUAGAGACAAUAAAGAGAAAUCUACAACCUUGUUAUUGCAGCUGUAAUACUUAGAUUAGUUAACUUUCUCAAUGUGAUAUGUUUUUGGUUCUGAAGAGACAAGUUAAGCCUGUUGCAGAUUGGGAAUAAUGAGCUAUGAGAAGAGAUUUAGAGCCUAUGUAUGCUUAAGAUAGAGCGUGUGCCUAAAUAAAAUAAGACCAGAAGUC